CAGUGUGUGUGCGCGAUCGAGUGUGUUCCUCGCGCCUGCCUAACCUACUUCGCCGAGUCACACAUUUUAAUUGAUCAAAUUUCAGAAUAAUAAUAUUUGACACGACGGUGUUUAAUAUAUUUCAUUGUAUACCAUUGUCCGCCAGUCGUCACUGCUCUGGUCGCGGGCGGCGGUAGAAACUUGCAGAAAAUUGUCGACACAGUCGCACGCUAGUCCGCCGUGUGUGCGCUUUUUCAGUUUCUCGUAUCGUUCUCUCGUUUUUGUCCUCAUAUUCGCUCGAAAUGACCACCAACGGCGAAGAGACCACUUCGGAUCGCAACGUAGAGAUAUGGAAGAUCAAGAAGCUCAUCAAGAGUCUGGAAAUGGCCAGAGGUAAUGGAACAAGUAUGAUAUCAUUAAUCAUACCGCCUAAGGAUCAGAUUUCUAGAGUGAGUAAAAUGUUGGCUGAUGAAUAUGGUACUGCUUCAAACAUCAAGUCACGUGUAAACAGAUUGUCAGUAUUGGGUGCUAUUACAUCGGUACAGCAAAGAUUAAAACUUUACACUAAGGUUCCACCUAAUGGAUUAGUAGUGUAUUGUGGAACCAUUGUGACUGAAGAAGGUAAAGAAAAGAAAGUCAAUAUUGAUUUUGAGCCAUUCAAACCCAUUAAUACUUCUUUGUACCUUUGUGAUAAUAAGUUUCAUACAGAAGCACUAACAGCACUAUUAGCAGAUGACAAUAAAUUUGGUUUCAUUGUGAUGGAUGGUAAUGGUGCAUUGUUUGGUACAUUACAAGGAAACACCAGAGAGGUUCUUCAUAAAUUUACAGUUGACUUACCGAAAAAGCACGGUAGAGGAGGUCAAUCUGCCUUACGUUUUGCUCGUCUACGUAUGGAAAAACGACACAAUUAUGUACGCAAAGUAGCAGAAGUAGCCACUCAGCUAUUUAUUACAAAUGACAAACCUAAUAUAGCUGGAUUAAUAUUGGCUGGUAGUGCAGACUUUAAAACAGAACUUAGUCAAUCUGAUAUGUUUGAUCCUCGGUUACAAGCUAAAAUUAUUAAAUUAGUUGAUGUUUCUUAUGGCGGUGAAAACGGUUUUAAUCAAGCGAUUGAAUUAGCUGCCGAAUCAUUACAAAAUGUUAAAUUUAUUCAAGAAAAAAAAUUAAUAGGACGAUAUUUUGAUGAGAUCAGUCAAGAUACUGGAAAAUAUUGUUUUGGUGUUGAGGAUACUUUAAAAGCUCUAGAACUUGGAUCUGUAGAAACAUUAAUAUGUUGGGAGAACCUAGACAUUCAGAGAUAUGUCCUAAAAAACCACACAACAGCUGAAGAAAAAAUAUUACAUUUAACCCCAGAACAAGAAAAAGAUAAAACACAUUUUACAGAAAGAGAUACUGGAGUAGAAUUGGAAUUAGUUGAGUGUCAGCCACUUUUGGAAUGGUUGGCAAAUAAUUAUAAAAUGUUUGGAGCUACCUUAGAAAUAAUCACUGAUAAAUCACAAGAAGGAUCACAAUUUGUUAGAGGAUUUGGUGGCAUAGGAGGCAUACUCCGCUACAAGGUUGAUUUUCAGUCCUUGCAAGCGGAUGAGCCAUUGGACGAUGUGAAUCUUGAUGAUUACUAACUAAAUUUACUAACCUAAGGAUUAUUACGUUAUAAAGUUGAUUUCCAAAGUAUGCAGUGUGACGACUUGGAUCCAAAUGAACUUUAUGAUAUUGACGAUUAUUAGGAUGUUAAAUAUUUAAAAGGAUAUCCAUUGAAUACUUAGGGCAACUUAAAAUAAGUACAGUUCAUUAUAGCUUAAGCAUGUUGGAAAAAAGAAGAAUUCUAUUAUUAUUUUUAACAUAAUUAUUUCCUUUACUUGAUGUUAUCUUUUUAUUCAAAAGUAAAAAAAAAAUAAUCAUAAUUCCAUUAAAUUUAAAAAUAUAUAUUUAUAUUUUUUAACAUUUCAA